UAACAAUCUUACGACUAGUUUACUUCAUUUUAUUAUUUUUGACAUAUUUUUAUUUAAAUUAUUUUUAUUUUUUAUGUGAUCCAAGAUAUUAUUUUAUUUAAUAUCGUUCAUAAACCGAGCAUUCAAUCAAGUUGUGAAGAAAACUAAAGAAUCGGUAAAUGUUAUCAUUUGUUCGAAAUUUAUCCAAGGAACAUUACUGUAAAAGAAAACAUACAAUUCUAUAUACAUAGCUUCUAGUAUUUUCAGAAUUAUUGUACAACGUACGGGUAUAAUUUGUUUAAACAAAUUUUAUUGUAUUGACUAUAUAUAUUAUUAUAACUAUAUUUAUUGAUCUCCACCUAUUUUAGUGUUACUGUUCAAUAUUUAAGCAUUAGCAAUGAGUUACGGUGAUUCAGAAGCUAAAAUGAACCUUUCUGCUUUACAAAGAGUAGAUCCAUAUGUUGAUAGUAUUGUUCAAACAGCCGGACAUGUUGCUUUGUAUUCUUUUAAUGCAGAUGCAAAUGCAUGGCAAAAAACUAAUGUAGAAGGGACUUUGCACGUAUAUACACGAUCUGCUGAACCUUUGCAUAGCAUUAUGAUAAUGAACAGAUUAAAUACAAAUAACUUGAUGGAACCGAUUGAAAAUGGCUUAGACCUUCAACUUCAAGAACCAUUUUUGUUGUAUAGAAACUGCAAUGGAGCUAUUUAUGGUAUUUGGUUUUAUGAUAAAGAUGAAUGUGCCAAAAUUUCUAAUAUAUUGAAAUCAUUGAUCAAAAAUUUGAUAGUUAAACAAAACGAUAAAAUAAGUAAGCAAGAUACUGGCCCUACUAAAAGUAUUGAUCUUGUUUCAAUGCUCAGCCGAGCACAAGAGGAUUAUAGGUAAGAUUUGAACUUUUCUAGAUUUAAAUAAGUUAUAAAAAAUACUAAAUUUUAAAUUUUUCAUCAGAAAUAUGUUCAGUCAUUGUUAAUUGUUGAAUAAAAGAUACAAAUAGUCGUUAGGAAUAUAAAAUCAAAACUUUUUUUUUUUUACUUUUUAGAACAAUUUGUAUAUUGUGCUAUAUUCAUAUUAUAUAAUUAUAUAUUUAGUACUCAACCAUACAUUUUUGAUUUUAUUAUUAUGUUUUAUUUAUAUUGAUUUUAUAGGGCUACUAAAACUAGCUCAAAGGGAACUGUGACUCCAUCAAAGAAAGUUGAAGAAACCGCUCCACCACAAUGUGUUAUGGAUUUUUUUGCAAAAGCGGGAAGUGGAAAAAAUUUCUCUGAUGGAUUACCAUCAUUAUCAAACUAUGCAAGUACACAAAGUACGCAAACUCCAGCUUUAAAAGGAUCAAAUGAGUCUUUGUUGCAUAAGUUUAUGGCUAGUCCAAUUCAUACUGUAGAACAAAUUGAAAUGCAACAAAGGUCUGCAACACCCAGAGCUGAUAUUAUUGGAGCAAAUACUACUGAGCAAAUUAUGCCUGUAAAUCAAUGUUCAUUUAAUAACAUAAAACCUCGAAGUUUAAUUACUCAGUUAAAUCAGCAAAAUGAAGAUUGUACUCCUCAUGUUAAUCGUAAUGGAUACCAUCGACCAAAAGAUAAUUAUUCAUUAAGUCCAUCAACGAUUGAACAGUUUCUUGACCAAAGUGAUGCAUCUGGAAAAUUGAAUGUUGCUAUUGGUAAAUAUAUUAAAAACAUUUCUCCAUUUCAUAAAUAAUAAUUAAAUUUCUUCAGACAUGAAACAUUAAAAAAUUAAUUAACAUUCAUAAUAUUUUAUCAAAUAGUUAAAAGGUAUUUUUUUGUAUUUUAUAAAAAUGAAUAUACUUUGUAGUGGUGUGCUCACUGUUGUAGGUAAUAAAUUAAUAAAGUAGGAUACACCUAAAUGGGAAUCUAAUGUAUAUCUGUACACAACAAUUAAACAUUAUUAAACAAAAACAAUUCGGUUCUACAUUUUUUAAAAGGCCGUAAUGUUUAUGGUUUUUUUCAAAAAUUGAUAUUUAAAAAAUUCUUAAUCAAAUUCUUGUAACAAAAAAAUUACAUAUUACAUUCAAUUUUUUUUUACUAUAAAGUACGACUUAUAAUUAACCUCCAGUUAAACUUUCAAACAUUUCUGUUUGGCCAAAAAUUUUAUUCACAGAGUGCUUACUAAAUAAGAAUUACGUUAAAAAUUAUAAAAUUCAAAUUUCUUUAAAUAGUUCAAAAAUGGCUUAAAUGUUUUCAAAAUUUUACCACAAAAGGCAAAUAUAAAUGUUUUAUCCCAAUUUUAAGUCUAUUCAUAUUUUUAACUGAAUUGCAACAAAACAAAAAAAAAAAAAUUGAAAACUACAUUUUGUAAAUUUUCCUGUUUUUUUUUUCAUUUGUUAUGAAAACGUCUUCAAAAAUCAAAAAAUGACUCCCUUAAAAUACUGCACAAAUAAAAUUUUCUUUUAGCAAAUGUGCUACAUUCAAAAAUCUGAGCAAAAUUGCUGGUAGAAAAGUUGUUAACAGGAAAAAAAAAACAUUGUAAAACCAAUACAUUCCUCUUUCUGCUCAGAAUUUAAAAUCUUAAUACCUAUACCCAAUGUAGAUUUCUGUUACAUUUAUAUAUUAUACAUACAUUUUUAUAAUUUAAUAUGUGUAUGAUUUUAGUUGUACAAAUUAUAUUUUAAAAUAAAUAAAUAAUUGUAAUGUGUAUAAUGUUUUAGGAGCUCCAAUUAUGGUAGAGUCACGAGUAGAAAAUGAUGAACUUAUGGCACCUAAUAGGUUCAUAAUGGAUGAACUUGAAGAUGAAUUAGUUACUUCUUCAGUAAAUGCCAUUUCAUUAACAGAAUCUAAACACUUGGAGCCAGCAACUAAUAGAUUAGAACCAUUAACAAAGAAUCAACUAUUGCAAGCUUUAGAAUACUUAUUAAAAAAUGAUCAAGAUUUUAUGGUUAAAAUACAUGAAGCUUAUGUCAAGUCAUUGUUAAGGAAUUAAUAUAAUCUAUCCGGAUUCCAUUACUUUAGGAUAAAAGUAUGAGUAUUCUUUAAACUUCUCUAUAUUUUUACAUUAAUGCCAUUUUUAAAUACAGUUUUUUUCUUUACACACAUUAAAAAAUAAAAUCAUUCUAAAUCACCAUAUUAAUUAAUCCUUUUCCAAUAAUUAAAUGUUUUGUUUUAGAAAAACAAUGUAAAAAAUAGGUUUUUAUUGAUAGUAGUUCAAAUAAUAACAUAAAAUAAUUUGAAGUUAAUUUAAUUUAAUUUUGAACAAUGGUUAUGUACUUAUUAGUAUUAUUUGAACAAAGCAAAUUAUAAGUUACUCUCAAUAGCAUUAUCAAUUCUUUUUGUCUAAAAAAUAAUACAAAUAUCAGUACCUUUUCCUUCAUAACAUAUAUUUUAUAUUAUUAUGUUAUUCAAAAUAUAAAUUAAAAUAACUUUGUAGCAUGUAUUAUAUUUUACCUUCAAAAUUUUUUUUUUUUCAGAUUUUAAAAAUAAAUGUAAUAUCCACUGGUUUAUUUGUAUGCAGAUUAGUUUUUGUUUCAUUAAGAUACAAUUUUAUUUAUCCGAACUAUCUUAAACACAAAAUGUUUUUAUGUAUGUAUGUAUGUAUAUAUAUAUUUAUAUAUGUUUUAUCUACAAUGCUCAUCAUUUUGUUUUAUUAUUUAAAAUUGAAGAACCUGUCAUGAUUAGGAUUUAAAUUAUUAACAUGUAUUUAGUUGUAACCGUGUAUUUAAUUUAAUGACAUUAUUAUUAUUAAAAUCAACAAUGAAUAAAAUUGAUUUGGUGUAAUUUUUACAUUCUAGGUAUAUUUAAAAAUAAAGUAAUGGAGUCUUAAAUUUGUUCCAAACUAUAAAAUAUAAUUAAAAAAAAAAAUGUCUAAUGUAUAUCAUUUUUUUUUUUUUAAAUUCCAAUAUUUAAACAUUAAGAUAUUAAUAUAUCUGUUGUCUAUUAUAAUCUAUGAUUUUAUAAAUAUAUUAUGAAUAGCUUUUGAUCAUAUAUUUGUCAUAUUAAACAGUGAUUAUUAUAAUCCUUGCUGCUUGUGAG